AUGAGACUUCCCCUCAUACCGUUAUCACCUUAUAUUCAGAUUUUGCGUGAAUAUGCUCAAAUCCUGGCUCAAACCACUAAAUCUCUGUCAGAACAGCAGGACAAUGCUAAUAUCAAAUCAUCGCUGGAAAAGAGACUGAACAAGGAGAGAGAGAAACUAGAUCGACUCACCAAAAGCAUGCAAACUAUCCAGUCCUCUUGCUUGCUAGACUUCAAUAUCUAUGACAUUGCCAAGGAGAUUGCCUACAUCAACUGCAGUCUGUUUCGCAUGGUGACAUUGGAUCCAACGUGGCUCUGCAACUUUGACAAGCAAUCCAACAUGGUGCCUCUGCUGGAUUUCCAUCGUUACUUGUCUCAUUCAUUUGCACAUCAAGUCAUCUAUGGAGACCCCAAAAAGAAAUCCGUGAUCCAGUUGAUCCAUCUAUCGUAUAUCCUGCUGCAUGUCUACCGCGAUUUCUCUGGUUGCACUGCUAUUUUGACCACGUUGCACAUGCCAGAAGUGAGGCGCCUAGAAAGCAUGUGGGCGCCGUGUCCCGUCAAGUUGCUGCAAGUGUAUCAGGAGCUCGUAGCAAUGCUUUCACCAGACAACAACUAUGAAGUCUACCGCCAUCAGCUCUGGCUCAACACGCAGCGCUUUCUCGACUUGACGCCAAGUAAAUCACAAAUAAUUGCUGUGCCUUUUAUGCACGCUCAUCUCGACAUCAUACAAAACUUGGUACAGACACAUGCUUCUGUUCAGGCAGCACCAGAUGUCGUGCUUUCCAGCGCUGGACAGCCGCUAUUGGCAUCAACAGUGCAACUAUUAGAGUUUUGUCAGCAAUUCAAUAAAAUGGAUCCCAUCGACCACUGCUCAUUAAAGAGCAAAAGAGCAAGUACCACCAGCAACAACAAGGCCAUCAAGCUAUCAACGUCACCUUGUUUGGACCUGGAUAUACUGCAAAGCGAUGCCAAUGUGUAUCACUGGAUUGUUUCUCGCGCCUAUCUGACACGAUCUCAGUUGCAUGCCGAGAGUUUGCAUGUGGAGCCUCUAGCUGUAGGCGAGAUUGAAUUGGAAGCUGAAGAAGAGCAUGAUUUGUACUGGGAUUUCUUUGACCAGCAAGAGCCUGUAGCAGUGAUCAAGGAGCCAAGUUUGAAGCAGGUUGAUGUUAAAGAUCCGGUGCAAGCAACAGUAGACGCAUUGGACGUGGUUGACAGUGUUGGCGAGUCGUCCCUGGUAGUUGUCCAUACGGAGCAGGCCUCAAUAGUUGUUGAGCUAGAUGCUGUUGACAAUGUAAAAGCAGCAUCCAUUCAUAAUGGUACUCUAUCAGAGGACCAUAUUGCCCUGGAAGAUCCAGAAGAGCAGCCGUUUGCUGACAUGGAAGAGGUGGAAUCAGUGCUACCUGAACCUAUGGAAUAUGACGAUGAUGACGGCGACGACGAUAUCAUUGUAUUGACAGAAGAAGACGAUGAAGAAUGGACUGGAUAUCCACUGGACAGCACCAUGCCAUCUCAAACAGUGCAAGACACAGAGGAAGAAGAAGAAGAAGACGAGGAAUGGACUGGUUACCCUAUUACCAGCCAAGAUGAGCAAGACACGGCCGAAGAGGAGAAGGAGGAGGAUGAAGAAGAGGAAGUUUGGAAGGGUUAUCCUAUUCCUUCUAGUGAAACAAGUCCAGUUAACUUGUCAUCCUCAUCAGCAUCACCAUCUGAACAAGGCACCCAUCGACAUGAAGAGUGGAAAGGCUAUCAAAAGACGACAGAACAACAACAACAACAACAACAACAACAACAACAGUUGCCGCAGCAGCACGAUCACUAUCCAUUGCAUGCGAUUGGAAAAGCAGCAGCUAGAAGAAUGCAACACUCACUGUCGAAUACAGACACCCAUCGAAAGCGACUACCAUCUCCUUUUGCUCCUUCUUCUUGUUCGACAUGA